GUACGAGAGAGGGGGUUUUCCGGAUGACGUGAAAACAUCCGGUUCCACAUAUGCAUGUUCACAGCCUUCUAAACGUGUUACUGGGUUUCAUUAAAUUUUAUGGAAUAUGGAAGUUUAUACAGCAUCCCUAUUUGACUUUUGCAAUUUCUUAGGACAACUCUCAGCCUGGUCGCCUAGAACGCCUUGAAGGCCUGAAGUCAUCUGGCGGACUGUCAUCUGCUGUCCUUGCUGUCAGCGUCUGUGGCGACAGCAGUUCGUUUGAUUUGUUAUCAUUCUUCGCUGCCAAAAAGUUUCAAUUGUGUAUUAAUUUUUGUGCUGAGAAAGUGACUUAUCGAAGCAGUUGUGCCUCGUUCUCAAGAACUUGGAAGGAGGGAAUUAGUUACAUUGAUUGUAUGUCCUGAGUCUGUAUAGCAGACUCCUAAAUCCAGCAUCCUGGAGGCGAUGAGCUAUACUGAAAAACACGAAAAUAUUUCAAAGGAUGAUUGGAUGGCGCGACUGGAAUCUAGACACAUUGCUCGAGCAGAUAUGAAUAAGCUUAUAAUGAACUAUCUUGUUACAGAAGGAUUCAAGGAAGCAGCAGAAAAGUUUCAGCAAGAAUCAGGAGUUGCACCAUCAAUGGAAUUGGAUUCCAUGGAUGAAAGAAUAAGAAUAAGGGAUGCAAUUCAGAGUGGUCGAAUUCAAGAAGCCACUGCAUUAGUGAAUCAGUUACAUCCUGAACUUCUGGAUAACGAUCGUUACUUAUACUUCCAUUUACAAGUUGCUAGUGAAUUAAAUGCUGCAAUUCUUAAAAUGGAAAAUCGUGACCCAACCACCCCCAAACUGGCAAGUCUCUUGAAAUUGAUAUUUUGGUCGCAAGAGGAACUAGACAAAAAGAAGAUCAAAUACCCCAAAAUGACAGACCUGGCUGGUGCUGUGAUUGAGAGCCCCAAGUGA